AUGAUUCCGCCAGCGGCUUUCCAUGGCGAGAAAUCGCAGUGUUUUGAUUCUGUUUCUCGCUGUGACAAAUCAUUAGAUCGAAAAAAUUAGAUGAGGAAGAGGAUUGAAGGCAGUCUGUCUUGUUUGUCAAAUGGAAUUUUUACUCUGCUACACUUACAACUGUUUCAAAAAAAGAUCAUCCAGCAAGUACAACAAGUAAAACAAGAUGUCGCGGGUUUUGCCUGAGAAGUACGAGAUCAAAGUCGCUGUGGUGGGCGACAGUGCUAGCGGAAAGUCGACCUUCAUCAAUUGCUUGCUGGGGGGCGACUUUUUGAACGUGAGCAGGUCAUCGGGUCGGAACGGCAGCGGGGAGACUCAGCAACUCGGAGAAAAUAAGCGUUUUCCAUCCACUUUGCGUAUCCCACUCGCCGCUCUUUCCGACCCCGGAAAAAAUGCGAAGAAAAAAAUCGACUCUGAGAAGAGCGAUUCGAAAAAUGUUAUGCAACAGCCGCCGGCAUCAUCGUCUCUGUUCGGCCAGUUGUUUUCCGGUCGACUCUUUUCCGGUCGAAAGGCGCGCAACAAUGCCACCGAGGUCCGCGACUCGAUCGCGAAAAAACCCGAUCAAGCCGUGGAGUGCGAACCGUUUCUCAAACCUAUGCCGGCAAUGCCCCGGCCCGUCGAACUCGUAAUUUUCUCCCUUUCUGGUUAAGUAAAUGAACGCUUCGCCGGGUCGUAGUGCUGAGUAUGUGGUAAGAAGCACGCAGUAUAGCUUUGCAUGUUUCAUCAUCCUUCAUUGAUCGAACGUACUUUAGCGUUCUACUUGUAGUGUCGAUAGUACUUAAUAUAAAGUGAUUUAUUCUUGGUGAACUACAAGGAAGAAGAACUUCUCUCAAAGCGAGAUCCAAAAUCAGGUGUUGACAGAAUACGAUACCUCGGAAGCGCAGUUGGAGAUGCUAAAGGAAAACGAAUCGGAUUUGGUGUUUUUGUUCUUCUGCACCAAGCAGCUGUCGAAGGUGAAGUUGACCACGUCGCAACAGUCGCUUCUGGGCACCAGCCAGCGGCAAGUAUGAAAUGUAAAAAUGUAAAUGUCUGGGUCUGGAAACUUGUGAUGCUGGGUGGCGUCUCAUGAUGAGGCCACAAGUGCUGGCUCAGCAUGACAAGUUUCUGAGCUUCUAGGUGUUGCCUAUUCUGCAUGACAAACUGCGUUUCUGCAUCACAGAAAAGUGGAGCUCUGGGGUAACAUGCAUGACAGAUUUAAGAGUCAUGCCAGACAAGCAUGACGAACAUGCAUCCUUCCAGACCCAGACAUUUUUGCAUUUGAUAGCAGGGCCAGAUUAACGUUUUCGAGAGCCUGCUCACCCAGGUUUUGAACGCGGUGAGUGCAUUCCCCUGCACGCUGCACGUGAUAGCCAACAAGGCGGACGUAUCCUCAGCAAAAACGUCCCCACCCCAGAGUUGUCAUGCAAUUCUGCAUGCCAAAAAAGUUUUUCAUGCGGAGCCCUAUGAGAAGCAUUUUCUCUUCGUGCUUUGGAAUUUGUGAUGCUAGAAUCAGCAUGCUAUAAAAGAUCUGUGACGCGUCUGAACUAGCUAAACAGGACUACUCUACGAGGACAAAUUUGUCAUGCCAGACAACCAAGGCUGGCUGAUUUGUCUAGCAGAUUUCCCAUCUUGACUCUGGUGUGGGUACGGUUUUAAUCAGGAUAGGACGCGGGCGAGUCGGAGUUUGCGUUUUUACAGACGGUAUCAAGUGUAAAAAUGUCUGGGUCUGGAAGAUUGCGGCUUGAACUUGUCAUGCUGUUUUUGGAUUCUAAAAAAAUUUGUAUUGCAUGACCAGCAAGAGGGAUACAAUGCGUGCUACAAGAACAGGGCAUUUCUCAUGCGGAAGGUGCAUCAGGAAGCCCUCUAAAAGUCUGCGAUGCUAGCUCAUGCAUUGCAGGCAUCAUGGGUCAUGGAAAACCUGCAUGGCAAGUCUGGCAUUUUUCCAGACCCAGACAUUUUUACAUUUGAUAGACGGUGCUAACCGAGUUUCGGAGCUGCUUGAAGGUGAGCUGCCAGGAGCGGAGCGGCAGUACCUCCACCAACGUUGGAUCUUCGAGCAGUAAGCUGGACGCAACAUCCAAGAACUCCACGUCUACUAGCUUGUUGGGUAGUACAACUACUAGUACUACCGGGGCCCCCGCGGGGGGUUCCUCGUACUACAGCAAAAGCAAGAUGGCGUCGACGAUGGACAAGUUACGGAAAGUGGCACUGUCUGACGAGCUGAUAUCGUUUUCCGCGUUGAUUUCCUAUGCACUCCGCCUCUCUAGUACCGCGGGCCGCACGGACGAUGCGGCGUUGCGAAAAAAGUUGAUGGAGAAGGACGGGGAACUGAUGAACCUGAUUGCGCGCUGCCCGUGGUUCCCGAUGGCCUACUCGGGGUAUUCCUUGCUUGCCUCGAGCGAGCGCGUCGAGGUCGUCAGCCAGUUCUUGCAGCGGCUGGGAAAAAGCGCUCGGGAGGAACUCUCCGCGAAACUGGGAUACAGCCGCAUCGUCAGCGUCUUGCAGCGGUUUUGUGACCGCUUUCCGGAAAAAAUGAUCCAGAAUCUGCGGGUAAAGGCACUCCGCUCGUCGUUUACCCUGAAGCAAAUGUCUACGCACCGCGACUAUCAAGUGUAAAAAUGUCUGGGUCUGGAAGCUUGCAAUUUGUCAUGCUGUUUUUGGACUCCAGAAGAGCCUGCAUUGCAUGAGUACCAAAAGGAAUGUAAUUUUUGCUACGCGGAGAGGGCGUUUGUCAUGCGGAAUAAGCAUCAAGAAGCUCUCAAAAAAUCUGUGAUGCUAGGGCAUGCAUCACAGACAUCAGGGCUCAUGCAAAACGUGCAUGAAAAGUGUCAGAAUCUUCCAGACCCAGACAUUUUUACAGUUGAUAGCGACCACGCGAAGACGAUCGACGGGAAGGGGUUUGCGUUUCAUGAGGUACUAGAAAGAUGAUCCUUCGAUAGUGGAUACUGCGUGCAGCUCCGCGGGUAAGAAUGUUCUCACUCGUCGCGAUGUCCAUGUCAUAUGAAUAUAGUAGAUUUCGUUAUGCGUCGACACGAAAAAAAGAUGAAGAUCUUUGUUCAAGAUGGGACAAGCUGCAUUUUUCUUGGAAGUUUGAUUCCUUGUGGUCUUUCAGAGCCCUGAUAUUAAUCUGCGAACAAUUCUGCACUAUUUGUGGCACUGCCUGUUGCUUCUCAGGUUUAUCUGCAGCAGUGGAGCGAGGUAUUCGAUCAGUUGGCUGAUCCGAAGUCGGAGUUGUGUCGUUUGAACGAUCCGCGCGCGUGGGGGCAAACGCUCGUGACCUCCCUUCGUCCCAUGGACUACUGUGACCAGGAGAAGCUGUUUGACUUCGCGGACAGUAAGCAACAGUAUGAAGACAGGAUCAAAAAGGGUGUCCAGCUGGAGCAGGCCAUGAAGAAGGUGCUGCGUCGCAUGAUUCCGAAACUGGUGCAAGCCACCAACCACUGCGCGAAAAAGGGUCGCGUCUUGCUGAACAGCCUCCAGGAGGUGUGCGCGCGGGUGUCACUGGAGGAACAAGUCUGCCUCAGCUACCUCCUGGCCGCGGAGCACGGCGAGGACUUGGAUGCAGGCAGCUACACCCCGGUCCUGAGCAACAUCGGGUUCAAGUCCGAAAUCGCGGCCCUCGAAGAACAACUGGUGGAGCAAACCCUGGCGGCGAAAACGGACUGCGCCAAGCGUCGCCACUCAGUCGAAAACUUUACUCUAUCGGUAUAAAGAUAAAUUGAGAAGUAGAAGGAGCGACCGCGUUAUUAUAAGUUUGCUUUAGGUCCUCGUACCCUCGUCUCUAUUGACUUUGUGUCUGAAGUACAGCGCGUUUUUGGCGGCCAUACUUUUAGCAGUUUGAUACAAAACUACCAGAUGAACCUCCAGUGGCAGAUGAAGUCCUUUCUGUUGUGUUGCCGCUCAUAAUGAAAAAAUGGGAAGAACUACAAGUGUUUCAUUCCUAAAUGGGUACUUUUUACUUAGACGACACCUGUUGAUACUUCUAUCCAGGUGAAACAAUUUGACGACCUAGCCACCUUGAUGAACCCGUGGACAGGACUGCUGUUCGAGUACGGGCUGUUCCUCAAGGCCCUGGCGGAAGCGGAGCUGGCGUGGCAGAAAAAGCACGGGUACGGCCGUCCAGGCCUCGCGGGUGCGGAGGUCGAAGAGCAGGAGGAGGUGGAUGAAGAAGUACCGGAGGACGAGGACAUGCAUUCGUCUGUUUCUUCUGGCGGGGAGGAGGCUCCCCUGUCGGACAUCAUGGAGGUGGACGCCGAAAGUAAGAUGGACGUGGAAGAGGAUGAAAAUGAUAAUGACGAUCAGCAGCUUCUUGCUAGUAGUGUUCUUGACAAGAAGGACGAGAAGCGCUCCUCCAAGAGCAGCUUGGUGAAGGAACGCAAUGAUCCACCUCCGGCGCGCCGGCAGAGCGCGGACGCCGAGGAAUUUAUUCUGGUCGAGGACGACGACGCGGAACAAGAUGAGGAUUUGCAGGAGCAUAUCGUAUUUAAAAACGUCCCCACCCCAUAGUUGUAAUGCAAAUCUGCAUGCUGAAAAUGUUUCUCAUGCGGAGCCCGAUGAGAAGCAUUUUCUAGUUGUGUUUUGCAAUUUGUCAUGCUCCAAUCAGGAUGAUGCACUAGAUCUGUGAUGCUGCUGAGCUAGCUCAAACAGCACUACAAUACGAGUCCAAAUUUGUCAUGCAAGACAGCCAAAACUUGUGGAUUUGUCUAGCCGAUUCCCCAUAUUGACUAUGGGGUGGGGACGUUUUUACAUAGGAUAGAGCAAAGCCCGUCGCUGCACAUCGAGGACGAGGGCUCCUCUGCGCCGUCCAUGGUGGUGGUCGACGAGGAGGAGGAGGGAAGUGUGUCUCCAGUGCCGGAGGACGCGCCCGCAAGUAGCGACGAGCAUAUCAAAUGCAAAUAUCGAUCUGGGUCUGGAAGAUUGCGAGGUUUCGAUCAUGCUGGUCUGGCAUGACGAUCACGAUGAGCCUCAACUCUGUAUUGCGUGGCCAGGGCCACAAACAGCCUCUUUCGCCACCUGUCAUGCAAAAACGCAGUUUCUCAUGCGGAAUAAGUACGCAGCACAGAAGGACGAAGAAACUUGUCAUGCUUGGCGGCGCAUUGCAGUGCGUUUGUUAUUGACUCACUUGCAUAUAUACAAGUUUGAGUUUCCAGACCCAGAUCGAUAUUUGCAAUGUCGAUAGAGCAGGACGUCGAGGGACAAAGCAGCGCGAGCCGGACCGAAAGUCGCAGGGAGCCGAGUGAGCAAUUAUCGCCGGUUUCCAGUGAGAACAAUGAGGACCAGGAGAUGGAGCCGUUGCCGGAACAAGUGGUUUCUUCCGAAGACGACGUGGUGCAACCGUCCCAUGACCUGGCCGCGGCAGGUUCCGAAAACAACCCUGCGCCGCAGAAACGAGUCCGACAGUCGGAGGACGGAGGGGAGGGAACCAUCGGGACCAUCAAGCGCCGGAAGGAUGAAAACAACAAGUGAACAACAACAACAAGCAGUGUAAUUAUAUCCGAAGAUGAGUCGAUGUCGAUGGGAUGAUUGAUCGAAGAAGAGACAUACUGCGGAGGAAAAUGACAACUUCCUUGUCCAACUUCAGGAAUAAGAAUAACGACAUCGAAUUAUAUUAAGUACCGUGCUUCUUCACGAUGAAACAAAGCGUCGAUUGUCGCAGUUGCGACUGCGGGUCGAAAUUUUUAUUUUUUGCAGUUUUUUCAAACAGUUCUGAAACCCCAGUUGCUAAUAGCAGCGAUGUCCUUGGUCUUACAUGAGAAGGUAUCAACAUCUGUGGAAUAUUAAACCUCUCCUCUUGCUUCAUCAGCCUCGAUCUUAUUUUUUCGUAUACAAGGACGACCAUAUCUUCGAGACAGCGUGUUAGCUGUCGGACGCAGAUCAUCUUUUUGUUCCGGAGCUUCAUUGCCAUUUGGUUCGAUCAUUGGCAAUAUAUUUAU